AUGGAGGUCAUGAUCGAAGCGGUGAGGACUGCCUCCAGGACCAACCCCAAGAAGAAUAAGCGAGCACCGACGGAAUGGGAGAAGAGCUUCAAUUCGUUGGCCAAGCCCAAGACCAAUUUCUGUGACAACUGCGGCUGCCUCUUGCCGCUUACCGCUGAUUCUCAAAUCAAUUGCAAGAUGUGUGGAUUCAACGUGAACGCGGACGAGCUGGAGGAGCACGUCAUCGUCACCAAGGCCAAGCCAAAGUCGUCCAUCCGACAAAAGGGCAAGAAGGAGGAGGACAAGUCCAAUGACCGAGCCAUCAUCGAUGAAAAGUGCCCCAAGUGUGGACAUGGAAAGAUGUACUUCUACACCAUGCAGCUCCGGUCCGUCGACGAAGGUUCCACCGUCUUCUACGAGUGUGUCAAAUGCGCAUACAAGUUCUCUCAAAACAACUGA